AUGGUGGUGACUACCCGACCUAGUCAGGAGCGCCCUGCGGCUGUAGGCGGGCGGCAGAGCCCGCCGUGCAAGCGGCAGCGGGCCGAGGACGUGACCCCCGAGGAGCGGCCUGAGCCCCCGGGCGUCGUCGAAGCCAGCCUCCAGCUUCGCGCGCCCGUCAAGAAAAGCAAGGCCCCCCCGCUGGGUCUCCUCCCCGGCCGGGUCGCCUCCCCCAGCCGCUGCGAGCCCAUGCACCCUUUGGAGCGGCAGACCUUCCGCGACUACGGGCAAAGCUGGUACCGCUUCCGAAAGGAGCUGGAGGGCAAGUUUCACCCGCUCGACCCGCUGGCCCAGCAGCCACAAAUAACUGCAGAGGCUCGGUGCAAACUGAUCAGCUGGCUAAUUCCAGUGCAUAAACACUUUGGCUUCUCUUUUGAGUCCUUAUGUCUGGCGGUAAACACUCUAGACCGCUUCCUCACCACCACCCCAGUGGCUGCUGACUGCUUCCAACUUCUAGGGGUCACCUCGCUUUUCAUCUCUUGCAAACAGGUGGAAGUGCACCCACCCAAGGUGAAACAGCUCCUGGCCCUUUGCUGUGACACUUUCUCUCGUCAGCAACUCUGCAAUCUGGAGUGCAUCAUUCUGAAUAAGCUCCGAUUCAACCUGGUGGCCCCCACCAUCAACUUCUUCCUGGAACACUUCACCCAUGUGAGGAUGGAGGCUUGUGAAGCUGAUGCCUGGGAGGCCAGCAAUGCCAAAGCUCUGGCAAAAGGUGUGGCUGAACUUAGCCUGGCUGACUAUGCUUUUAACAAAUACAUGCCUUCUUUGCUGGCCGUGUGCUGCUUGGGACUGGCUGACCAAAUGUUGCAGCACCAGAAACCACUGGACUUUAACUUAAGUGAAUAUCCAGAGGGAAUUUUGCAGGAUUGCCUGGACAAACUACAUUUACUGGUGUCUUUGAAUGAGGACUCUUUGCCUUUGGUACUACCCCCUGAGAUUUCAGAUCAGUAUCUACACCUAGAAAAAUGAGUUAAUGAAACAAAACAAAUACUUGAAACACUGUGUGUAACCAUGCAUUUGGAAGUUUAGAUCAUCCAUUUUCUCCAGUGUAUUACAGAAGGAUCACUAAUAGUUGCAAUACCUCUAACAUAACAGUAUUUUCUUUGUACUUUUUUUCAAUAGUCUCUAACGAGUUUUACAUGAUAUUUAUAUUUAUUAG